AUGUGUGAGAAUUAUUCAGAACAACAACUACCAGAAACAAGCUUUUGUUAUAUUGAGGAUUUGGUUAAACAACAAAUAAAUGAAGCUAUUCAAGAAUCUAUUCCUCGUCUGUUAGAGUCUGAGAAAGGCGACAGAAAAAGCUUCUUUGGCUCAUUAAAAACAAUUUUAUUACAAAAAUUAAAUUCCCGAUUUUUUGCAAUUUCCUUUCCGGAUAGAGAAGCUCCUUUGCCUUCUCCUUUUUUUAAAAAUUCUGAAGGCCUUUUAAAAGACUUUUAUGAUGGAAAUAUUUCUGAAUUUGAAACUUUGAGAUUUAAUGCUGAAUUUACAAUUGUGAUGUUAUAUGCUCCAUGGGAUUUUAGAUGUAAAUUAUUUCGGUCUUCUUUUCUUUAUGUUGCGGGUUUAUUUAAAGAAAUUAAUGAGAUAAAAUUUAUUGCUGUAAAUUGUAAUUAUUACAAAGGAAGAUGUAGAUCUAUGUAUAAAUUAUUGGCUUUCCCUGUUAUUUUUGCCCAAACACAAUAUAACCAACCAAUUAUUUUUAAUCAAUUUUUGUCUUCUGAAAGGCUUUACAGUUGGAUAAUUAAUUUAUUAUUUCCAUUUAAUAUUGUCAAUUCUGAAGAGAAUUUAAAUAAAUUAAUUUUAAAUUUUGAAUUUGUUGUAAUUGGACAUUUUGAAUUUAAUUCAAUAUCCUUUCAAUUACCUCGUUCUUACAGUGUUUUUGUUAAUUCAAUUUAUUAUUUAAAUAAUAGAAGGGCUUCUUUGGCUUUUGGAUUAAUUUUAAACAAAACAAUUAGUUUAACAUUAAAUAUUUCUUUAAAUCAAUUAAAUAUUUAUUCUUUAAAUUCAAAUAAUUUAUUAAAAAUUGAUUCAUUUGAAAUUAAUUCAACACAAAAAACUCAAAAUGUAGUUGAUUGGAUUAAUAAAUGUUUGGGGAAUUUUGAAGAUAAAAUUGUUAAAGAAAUUGAAAUUGACGGUGAGUUUGAUAUUUAUUUUUAAAAUUUUUAGGUUAUAUUGUUGGUGGUGUAGUGGUAUAGGUUUUGAAUUUGGCGUAAAAUGGGGAAGGUUCGUACCCUUUUUUGUGUUUUCUUUUAUUUUUGAUUUUUUUAUGAAUUUUAGAUGAAAUCUAAUUAAUU